CGGUAUUCAGUAGGCAGCCACAAAUAGUGCUUUCCAUUCCAGGUGAUCCAUGCUUUAUCCGCACUGAUGCCAAUACCCUCAAAAUCUUGGUGCUGCAAAUGAGCUUGAACCGCUGCUGGACCAGCAGCUGGUUGCUUUUGUAGCAAUUUAGUCCCAAAAUCUGUUUGGAGGUACGAGCCUGUGUCAUCAAAUGAUAGAGUGGAAGUUGACCCAUCGAGCGUCGUUAUGCACGCACCCGUCGCCGCGUCCCAAAGCUUGACGGUCUCGUCCAGAGAGGCCGACGCGAGCCUUUGGCCGUCGGGCGAGAACGCGACAGAGUUAACCCCGCCCCUGUGCCCUUCGAACGUUGCCCGAGAAAACAUUGCAGAUUGGAUCCGGUGCAGAGGAAGCAAGAGAGGAGGCAGCAACCAUAGGCAGCAGCCAACAGGCGGCAGGAGGCAUAAGCAGGCAGCGGCCCAAUCACAUAUCACAUCUCCCACAGCCGCCCGUGGUCCUCUGUCUCCUGGUCGGCCGCAGUCUCACACGGCCGCGUCGAAACAAUCAAGUGGAUCCUCGAGAACGGUGCCGCCCGCAACCUUGGCGAUUGAUGGUUUGCGGUCAAUGUACUGUUCUCCAGACCCUUAUCACCGUUACCUGCCUUUGCGCUCGCGCCGCGACCAUGAUUUCGAUUACUCGUCUGACGAGGACGACGUCCAGAUUGACGAGCCCCGCCCCGCGAGACCGAGCCCGCGCGUGCUGCCGCUUCUGCCGCUUCCGCCACUGUUUGUUUCAUGGCGACCUGCCACCGGCCCAAACAUCCAAAAAGCCGCUGACCCGAUCGCCAUCCUCGCCGGCCAUCCAGUCUCGACAUCAACCCCUCGCGACAGGCUCCGUCGGCGCACCCUCGCUCUAACAUGCCGCGAUCGCCCCCGCCGGCUGCCGAUGUUGCCGCCGCCAACCAAUAUCUCGGGGCCAUGGGAGGAGGCGCCAGCCAGCAUGGAUAACAACCCUCGCACGAAGCAAACUGUCAAUCAAAAACCACGGCCGGGUCUGCCUCCGCAACUCCAGCCCCACUCAGCCAACGUUCCGCAACCCCCGUCGGCUGGCCCCAAUGUUCUUCCAUCCCCAGCACCUAGCGACGAACCGAGCCCCACGGCCGCGAUCCCGCAGGACAGCGCAAACCAGAACCCGCCAUCGGACGACGCGCCACAGAGCAUGGAAAGGUCCGGUCCGGUCCCGGAUGCCUCCCAUAGCAUACCGGUGACCGAGGCCAGGACAAGCGUCGCGGCUGGCUUUAUCGACGAUCAGGCUCAGAACAUCCGACGUGUCAGUCCAGCGAGGCCAGCGCCCAUGCUCACCUUGGAUACCUCGAGGUUCCAGAGCCCGCCAGUAGCUGCCCACGCACCCGGUCCGUCUCCCGCCCCCGUCCACGCCGCGUUCCCACCGCCGCCUCAACAACAUAUGUCGCCAAACGGGGCCUCGACCAACACUCCGGCAUCUGCGGCGCCUUUGGGGCCGAGGACCCCGGUACAAUCUCCUCAGGUGCAGGCUGGUAACUUGCCCAAAAGAAGGCGUAUUGAGCCAGCCCCGAGUCCCAGUGGUGGGACUACAGUCGCCCUCCAAAAUCACCUCUCGACGAUCUUCCGGUACAUGACCAAAAGUCUCGACCGCUCGAGGAUGAGGUUGGUGACUGAUGCGCACACCAAAGGCGAUUUCACCUUCCUCCACAUCCACCAAACAUUUUGCGCCUGGUCGCGAGGCGAACUGGCCCCUCUCUCAGACGCGUGCAGGAUACAACGAUCGGUCAUCGACAAAACAUUUGGGAUACUGGCGAAGAUCCUUGAAGGCAACCAGAACCUCGCGCCGGCCAGUUUCCAAUUCUUUGCCUCUUUUCCCGGACCCCUAGCAUCAGCCAUCACAGAGCCAUGGGCUAAAUUCGUCAAUAACCUGGCCAUCAACUGGGAGUCAAUGGUUCACGUGGCUUUUUCGCAAAAUCGUCCCCUGCUGGUGAGCGAAAUGAUCUGCUUUUUUGGGUGUCGAUCCGCCAUCAUGCAGAAGCUCCUGUUCACCGCGAAUAGGAGAAGCCUCGGCGUCAUAGAUGACCGGGUGGGCGAGGCAAUGGAUGUUGUGUUUGCCCAGGAUCAGCAGGAAGCCAUGAGUUCUCCGGACUUGCAAGUUGAUGGCAGCUACAGCUGGCAGUAUCUCGAAGCCAGGAGCCAGGGGGUGGUUAACCAGUAUCGCGCCUGGGUGAUGUCCGUGAGGCGCCCGGUUCCCGGCCAGAACGGACCGAUCUCUGGGACUUCUUGGCAUCCCCCGCUGACCGUCAGCUCGCCUCAAUUCUUUCAAUCCCCGACAGCAUUCAGCGCGCCGCCCCAGCAACCCCAGCCAACCCAGCCAACAGCGCAUCCCGGGCAAAUGCACUGGCGGAACGGACAACUGUCGGCCACGAGCCCAGUCGUCGAAAAUCUCCGUCACCCCGCUUACGCGACACAGGCACAAGGGCUGCCGCAAACGAUAAGCCCUGGCGCUCAAGGCGGCUAUCGCGCCUGGGUGAUGUCCGUGAGGCGCCCGGUUCCCGGCCAGAACGGACCGAUCUCUGGGACUUCUUGGCAUCCCCCGCUGACCGUCAGCUCGCCUCAAUUCUUUCAAUCCCCGACAGCAUUCAGCGCGCCGCCCCAGCAACCCCAGCCAACCCAGCCAACAGCGCAUCCCGGGCAAAUGCACUGGCGGAACGGACAACUGUCGGCCACGAGCCCAGUCGUCGAAAAUCUCCGUCACCCCGCUUACGCGACACAGGCACAAGGGCUGCCGCAAACGAUAAGCCCUGGCGCUCAAGGCGGCGUGUAUUCAAACGCUCCGCGACGGCAGUCCUCUGAACCGACACCGCGCCAUUUCCCCGGGGGGCAAUCGUUUCAACCACAGAGCUAUGCAACGGUCCCUGCUGCCCAGGCAUCGCCCCGCCUUCACGACGGGCAACCGGUUCUACCACAGAGCCAUGUUUCACACCCUGCGCAGACACCCCUGCGGCACCCUCAUCACCAACAACUCAUACAGGACUAUCGUCGCCAAUCGCUUUCCCUAGUUCAGGGAGGACAUCCGACCCCCCCUGUUCUUCCAAGCAACUAUAUCCUUCCACCUGGACCUGGACAGCAUGUCGUAUUCCCCAGCGAGGUCCAUGGCGCCACGGCACAUUCCAUGAUGUCUACCAGGACGAAUUUCCUGCCUAUCAAUGUCAACAUGCAAGGGCGCAUGUAUCAAUUUCACCAGAUGCCGCCCGCGGCGGCAGGGUUCCCCUCGGCCCUAACGCCCCAGAACGCAUCUCGCCAGGUAUUACCGCCUUUGCUCCCGCCCCCAGGGGUGCUCAUCCCAAGACCCGAUUACGCCCACGGCCAGUACGACGAAAGCUCUUUCAGUAUGACGCUACACCAGAUCCACUUACGGAGUCCCGUCAGAACGAGUCGGCUUUUGAACAACAAGCGGGAGUCGCAGGAGCGCCAUUAUCAAUUCGUUAACGGAUUCGCCGUCGCCCCUGUGGUUAUACGCAGCGACAGUCGCUGCACCACCGAACUUACUUUCGACGUGGAUGACGAGACGCUGUCCCGCCUGUCCAAGCCUGUCUCGCAGCAGGACGGCGAGCCGAAAGUCCCAGUUUGCGAAUACGAGGACGGCACAUUGCGCAUGCGAUUGCGGUGCUGCAAUAUUAGCGGCCCCACAGCCGACAUGUCCCAGUCGAAGUGGUUUAAUACCGAGAGUUCGUGGCCGGCGCACAUUUUUAUAAUGCUGAACGGCAAGACGGCGUUGACACCGAGGCGGAAACCGCAUUACGGCAAGGAUCUGCCUGUUGAGCUGACUUUAUACGUUAUCGGUGGGAAAAACCAAGUCAAGAUUGCGCUAGCAAUGCUGAGGGUGCCCGUGGAGUAUUAUGCUAUCGCGGUUGAGAUCAUUAUAACGAAGAGCCACUCGUCUCUUUGGAACCAGAUCCGAAACGACCAAGUCAUCCCCCCAGAGAAGACGUUGGAGGUGAUUCGGAAGCGAAUUAGUGUGAACAAUGACAACGACGACGACAGCAUCAUGGUGGUGACCGAGGAGCUGCCGAUCGAUCUUGCGGAUCCGUUCUCGGCCAUUAUGUUCGAGACGCCAGUCCGGGGUGCCACAUGCACCCACCUGGAAUGCUUUGACUUGAGUAACUGGCUCGAAACGCGCGAACGCAAACCUCAAUCUCGCAAAUGCAUUUCGCACCAGGCAGACGCUGUUUCGGGGACGCUCGUCCAUGCAGCCUUGGGUGGACGGUUCCUGCUCGGGGUGCGCAAGGAGCUCGAGUCCACAGGCCGGCUUAACGCGCGCAGCAUCCGUGUCUCGGCGGAUGGAUCCUGGAAGCCAGUCCCGGACCGGAAUGACGACGUCAACGACGAUUCGGGCAGUGACGGUGACUGCAAGGCCAAAGCGGCACCGAGCCGGCGGAGCAAGAGCAAGCCAGCCAGGGCGACAUCUACUAGCAGCAUGUAUCCAGACGUCCGCGCUCUGCAUCCGCUUCUCACCGACCUCACUUGA